GCGUGUGUUUCCGUGUUUUCACAGUGAAGCAGCAGAGUUCGUAACUUUCUACGUUUAGAUUUAAACUCGUUAAAGUUGUGAAAGAACAACAGGUACAUGGGCGGGGUCUUCUCCACCUGGACUCUGGUCGCGGAUGAUUCUCGGAUCGAAUAAUGGCGGAAUAAUCGUGUUUCACGGUUCGUUCACUGAAUUCACAGAAUGAGUCAUCAGCCGCGGACAAACCGGGCGAACCGGGAGAGAAACGGGGACCAUCGACAUCACCGAGACAACAACAGCGACAGGCCGUCCUCUCGACCUCCGUACCUCCCCAGGGAAGACGACCCCCCUCCUAAACAUGUGCGGGAGGCUCCUCGAGGGGAGCGUCACAACUCCAAAUGCACCUACAUCUGCUCCAGGAGAGGUGUCAUCCUGAUCUGCUCCGUGUUGACCAACGCUCUGGUGCUGAUCUGUGUGGUCGCAGCUCAGAUGGUGUCGUCAGGGAUGUCCUCGGCUGCCGCGAUGGGCGGCUUCAACAUCAACUCCAACUUCAACCUGCAGGGCACCGAGCUGCAGCAGGUACGAGACCUGGACAUGCAGUACAGCCAGAUGAGGGCACCGGGAAUCUACGGGGGCAUCGCCUUCUGCCUGACCUUCGGCGUCGUCUCGCUGCUGUUUGUGGUCGCUGGCAGCAAACCCCCCCACCUGAUGUCGAGGAAGCUUCUGGUCGGAGCCCUGUUGUUUCAGGCGGUGGGCGCGGUGGCGUACGUGGUGGCUGUCGGCCUCUACCUGCACUUCAUCAUCGGGGUGAACUCCACAGACGUCUGCAAGCAGCGGGAGAGGCUGUACGCACGUAACGGCUACACCUGGAUGAGCUGCGACGUGAGCGGGGCGGACGCUGCCGUGGCGUUGUUCGGCCUCAUCACUGCCAUCCUGUACACGGCCGGCACGGUGCUCACCAUCCGGACCAUCCGAGGAGUGAGGCGCUACCUGCAGGAGAGAAAACGACGAGAGGCAGAGAGACCCAGGGGGCCGCUGAGGGCCGAAACCACCUCCGUGUGAGGGGGGGGGGGGGUCUGCAUCCUCUAAAGUAGAACAAACUACCGACCAAUCACUGGAAAAAUUCAUCUUAAUUUCUACAGAUUCUCAUCAGAGUGUUUAUAAUAACAUUUUUAUACGUUUUACACGGUGGUCACUGAAAGGUCAGAGGUCACAGUGAGCUCUGUGUUACUCCGUCACAUGUUCCGUUUCUACCGCAGACGGUAAACAAAGACGGACGACGUCUGUCCAGAAAUGGAGCCAAAACAUCACGGAUGCAAACGCUGCCAUCUUGAGCCGAUUGGGGGACGGAGCUGCAGGGAAACAUGUGCUCGACCAAUCGUUAGUCAGUCCCAGCUGUCAAUCAUGACAUUUCAUGGGGUGCAAAUCUAAUAUAAUGGAACCAAAGCUGUUGUUUCUGCCCCUCAGAAUAACAUUUGAAAGAAAACCAGUUUAAGUUCCUACAGAUCCUCAGGACCCUCUUCUUUCAGGACAACCCGGAAGUUGUUGGAGAAUAUUUUAAAUCCUCAGGUGUUAGUUUUCAUCAUUUUAACGGUUGGAAAUAUUAACUGUACAACUGUUGUGAGCAGUUCACUGAAAGUUGAGGUUCAGGGAUUAAAAUCCUGAGCAGUACGUUAGUGUCGGUGAAGAAUAUUCAGUCAGAGAAACGGGUGCAGUCCUCAACAUUCUUCCUUUUUCUGAGAUCGAGAAGUAACGAACAAGGAGCUGAGAAAAACAAAUGCCACCGUGAACUUUAGGGGCCAGUUUAACAUUAUAAUUAUGUCAAAGAUGAAGACGUGUCCACGCUGGGAUUAAAAAGGGACGGACACACUAAUGCUUGAGGAUUAUUAGCUGCCUAUUAUUUUAUCAGAAGUUUGUCAUAUUGCUGUAUGUUUUUUAAAAUGUUUUUAUCCACUCCAAUUAAACCUCCACUAAUGUGACUCUA